AUGCAGAGCACUUUGACUCGACUGGUACUUGCUUUCUGCAAUGGCUCGUCUACUCUUCAAUAUUUGGGUAGCUUGACCUCGGUGAUUCUUCUACUUUCUGCCUUGUUGUAUAAGUUACUACACGUGCCAGUGGCAUCUCCGCCCCGGAGUGGCCAUUCCCUUCCGCGCUUGCAAUUGCCUGGUUGGAAGGUCACCCAGUUGUUCUUUGAGAAGAGGUUUGAUUUCAUCAAAGAUGGCUUCAAGACUACAUCAUCUUCUAUCUAUCAGACCAGUCUGUUCCGACAUACCGCCAUUGUUCUAUCUGGGAAUGAAGGCCGAAAAAUCUUCUUCAAGGAGAAGGGUCUCGGCUUACAUGAUACAUUCUCAAUCAUGAUGGGCAGUGGCGCUGCUCAAUUUGAUCCCCAUCAAGUUGGCGGCGUAGUCAGACGAAUGGCUUCGAUUCAACGAAGUGAUAAUCUUCAGAAGUUGAUUCCAUUGAUUCUGUCCGAAUGCCAGCGUAAAAUGGACGCGUGGGGUAGCGAGUAUAUUCUCGAUCCCUGCUCUUCCCUUCACGAGGUCACCUUUCAACUGGUCAUGCGAAUUGCUUCAUUUGAUAUCGCCAAUGACCCGGUGCUUUCAGCUCGUCUCAAGUCACUUGUCGACACUAUCGACUCUAUCACUAACCCAUACUCAACUUGGUUGCCUUGGUUACCUGGCCCAGCCUUGUUCUACAAGUUCUUUACUUCUGUUCAAGUUUACAGAAUUGUCCAAGAGGCCAUUAACACUAGGAAAAAGAGCGGAAUCAAGAGGGAUGAUAUGCUACAGCAGAUGAUUGAUGAUGGAGAUGGUACAAUCCAAAUCUUUGGGUUAUUCCUUCUAGUAACAUGGUUAAUCAUGCAAAUCUCCUCGGACCCAACUUGGUCCUCAAAUGUUCAAGAUGAGAUCAGAGCCUUUAUAUCUACCCACACGCCCUCAUCAGCCUCUCUCUCUGGGAACACCCUCGCCCAAGCCCUCUCGGAAAUCCCACUCACAGCCUGGGAAUCUCAAACACCCAAUCUCGACCUCUGUAUACGCGAAACACUGCGCACCUCGCAGCCAUACACAGCAGUGCGAAAGAACCACGGCCCAGAUCUUACAAUCGGGCCAUACGUUAUCCCCUCGGGGUCUCUCGUUAUUUACCCAUUUUCGGAUACAGCGCUCAACCCGAACUACUACCCGGACCCAACUCGCUGGGAUCCGUCUCGGGGAAUUGAAAAGGAAACACCAUUUAUUGGCUGGGGUGCGGGAAAGCAUGCUUGCAAAGGCCAGCGACUUGCGACGUUGAGUAUGAAACUUGUGGUCGUUUAUGCUAUGAUGCGGUUUGAUAUUACCAUGGUUGACGGGCAGGGCAAAAGGAUCAAUCGUCUUCCUCUUCCCGAAUGGAAUGAUUCUGCAACUUGUCGCCCCAAAGAGGAAUGUGGAAUCAAGUUUGUUGCGAAGUAA